GACGCUCAGGAAGUGGAUUAAACCACCAAAGAUUCCCGCAGAUUCGAUACCGACUGUGCCAAUGUUAAAGACGUGUUCAUGCUAAGCUGAACGUUUGGCUGAACACAUUUAUGGGAUAUUAAGGACGAUAAUGCUGCUGGAUGGUUGCGCUCAUGAAAUUCACCAGAGAUAUAUGCAGGCUGUUGGGACUCGGGAGCGGUCCUGCGGCCCAGGAGGAGCAGAUGGACUGUGGUGCCGCAAACCCUGACCCGAGUGCCACCUUGUCACAGGAUGCAUUAAAUGGAGAGGAGGAGUUGAGUGAAGAGGAGAAAGUGAGACAGAAGGCAGAGCGACGCAAAGCCAAGAGGAAGCGCCGUCGGAAGCGUAAGAAGCAGGAACAAAAUAAGCAAAAUGACAAUGCUGAACAGGAUGACGAAGAGGAUGGAGGUGUGGAGUCUGAACUAGAUGAGAGUGAUUCAGAAGCAGAAGUUGGGGCUGAAGAGGAGAAACAAAGGGCUCAAAAAGAAGAGAGAGAGGAGAAAUCAGAGGCCUGUUCCAAAGAUGUUGCCAAUCCUGCUAUUGCUCCUUCAGGAUAUCAGAAGACUCAAGCCAGAUCUGCUGAGGAGGAGCCCGAGUGGGAUGUGAGCAGUGCCUUCUUUGCUAAUGCUGCUAGCCAUAUCAAACCCAAAGGAUCAAGUCGCAAGUCCAAAGAAAACAAGGAGAAUGAAGCAAAGAGAGAGACAAAUGGAACUGAUACCGUGACCAAGAAAAGUGCAUCACUGACAGAGAAAGGGAUAAAGCUGGUGCAAGAAGGGCAGUAUGCACAAGCAGUCAGUAUGUUUACAGAAGCCAUCAAAUGUGAUCCCAAAGAUUACAGGUUCUUUGGCAAUCGUUCGUAUUGCUAUUACUGCUUGGAGCAAUAUCCUCAGGCCCUGGCAGACGCUGAACGCUCAAUUCAGCUGGCCCCAGAGUGGCCCAAAGGAUACUUCCGCAAGGGCAGUGCUCUAAUGGGCUUGAAUCGGUACAGUGAGGCAGAAAAGGCUAUGGAGCAGGUGCUGAAACUGGACAAAGACUGCGAGGAGGCUGUCAAUAAUUUACUUAACUGCAAAGUACUGCAGUUAAUGGAACUUGGCUUUGAAGAAAUGCAGAGUGUCUUACUGCUGGACAGAUUUUCAACAGUGCAGGGUGUUCUGGCAUAUUAUUCUGAAGCUGCCAAAGCAGCUGGAAGCACAGAUUCAUCAGUCGUGCAACCAGGAACUCCAUGUCCAUCUCUCUGGGUGGGAAAUGUGACAACUGAAUUAACUGAGAAACACUUGAGGGACCUUUUUAAAAUGUAUGGUGAAAUUGAGAGUAUCCGUGUGCUGCAUGAGAGAUUCUGUGCCUUUGUUAACUUCAGGGAUGCAGGCAUGGCAGCUCGUGCCAUGGAGAAACUAAAUGGUUAUUGUAUUGAGAACACACGUUUAGUGGUGCGCUAUCCUGAUCGCCGCACUCAGAGGGCCCUUCCCAUUCCACUCAAGACUUGUCUCCCUGUCACACAGCAGGGAGGCACAGCUGCUGGACCUCGAAGACGUGGCCCGGUUAACGGAGAUGAGUGUUACUUCUGGAGAACCACUGGCUGCCAUUUUGGGGAGAAAUGUCGCUAUAAACACAUUCCUGAUCAGAAAGGCAAGGACCGGAAACCCUGGCAGCCUUGAACACAGUUUACACUCUGACUCAGUACUGAGAAGGAAACAGGGAUACACCGACUGUGCCAAUGGGACUGGCACUUGUCAAACCAGGUUCUCUGGGCUAAAAAUAUUUACUGUGGCAGAAUGGAUGAGAAUAUUCAAAGGAUCAGAGCCAGCAUUCAGGUUCUAAUGGAGGGGUACGUGUGUGCCACAAAGGACUUGGACCAUGAAGGUUUGUAUUUUGACCAAAGCUCAGACUAGAUGAUCUUUUAUUACUAAGAAAUAUUAUCUAAAGGAGGGCAACAAAAGCAGCUGGUAUAGUUUUUGAAUGAAAACCUUCAUAUUCACAGCCCUUCAUGGCACAUGGAAAUUGAUUCUGUCUUUUAAGGGGAAGAACCCAACACCUCAAGCAAAGAACAUAAAGAGGAAGUGAAACUGCUUUGGUCCGCGAUUUGAAGAAAAUUGAAACCUCUGCCAUGUACGGUAGUAAUGAAAGGAAUACAUGUGGAUAUUGAUAUCUUUGGGACUUUCCUUCUAUAGAAAUUCCAUCACAAACCAGUAUUCCUUCCCAUUUUUAAAGUAAAAUGUAAUUAACCUGAUUCUAACUAUUGAGAUGUACCCGUUACCAAAAACAGCUCACAUGGGUCUGCAGUUAUCACUGGGGUUUCAUUCCUACUUGUUCAUAUUCCAGUGUUGAAACAUUGUCCACCAGACCAAAGACUUAAAAUUAAACUUGACGUUUAAGUACCUCACCUAUGCCGAUGAGGAUUUUUGUCUUGCCAAUAAUCUACAGAGACCUAGAAGGAUGCCUUUUUUGUGCUAUGUAGCCUUACAAAUGAUCUUAUGUGGGUAAGUGGACAUAAGAGCCACAAUUGGACUUGAAGGACUGAAAAAUUCUAUGCAUUAGUGCAUGGAUUAGGUUUAUAAGUAACUUUAUUCACCACUUGGCUGUCUGUCUCUUCUGUUGUUUUUGUUGUUUUUCUCUUCAGUUGUUAAUGUUAGUGGAGACUCACUGUCCAUGAGUGCUCUGGGAAUGGAAGAAGCAAUAGCAACACCUGACAACGUAAUGUAAAUGCUGCUUUUAUAAAGGCUGUAGUGUUCGGUUUUUGGUGAAUCUGUCUCUAAAAUGUAUUUUGUUAACUUCUUGACAGUUUUAAGGCCCAAAAAUUUGUUGUCCUUGAUUGAAUGACACUUGUUAUGAAGUGCUUAAGUUCUGCAGACUCAUCCCUGCUUUUUGAACUGUGGGAGAGCUGGUUUGUAUACCCAAUUCAAAUGUCAAACUUUUGUUGUUUUAUUUUUUUUUUUAAAUCUCUGCAGGAGAAUGUUCUGUUUGCUCUGUUGGUGCAGUUGCAUUGUAAGCAUCAAAGUUCUUCAUCUAUGCAAAAAGUCCUGAAUCGCUGGUCAGUUUUGUGUCAGAAAUGCAUUCCACCACUUGCAGAAAUUUUAAUAUGCACGCACAGAUGUUUAAAGUCAUACACUUAAUUUUUGAACCUUGAAAAGCAGUGUUUUUAAACUUUCAGUAUUUCAGUGAACUGAAGAAUCUGAUGGCUCUGCAUGAAAACGGCCUCAUUUUUUGAAUAGUUUUAACACUAGACCGAGCAUUAAAGCCAAUUGGCAUCUGUAUCAUUUAGUAGAAAACAGAUCUGGUUAAAGUCCACACUACGUUAACUUGUAAACUAUGCAUAGCAGUAUUUAUUUUUCUAUUUAUACAUACAUAGUUUCCUGUUGGUGAACCUUUUUCUGAAGUUAUAGAAUCAGAAGGUCUCUGCUGCUUAGUUCUGGCUUUAAGAGCAAACAUUAAAAAAAAUAUUUGGUGCAAACACUGUCACAUGCUGCACUUCUGCUUUUAUUGUAUUGCUUUCUGUCUUGUGGCUGGAAAUUGUGAAAAAGGAAUUGGGCACCACAUGUUAAGAGUGCUCUUGUCUAUUUGACCCACUUGCUCAGUGCUUUUUGUAAUCUGUGCUGUUAAUUGUGGUUGUACAUUGCAUUUAAUUUUGUAGACUUUUUUUUUUUUUUUUUUUUUUUUAACCAUAGAAUAUUUUUAAUUGCAUUGUAUAACUAUUUCAUAUUGAAUUUUUCUUCCAAUGCUUUAUUUUUUUUUUGUUUUGUUUUUUAAAAAAAGUCUCUUUACCUUGUUUCAAACUAUUUCAGGAAAAUGUGUUUCUGAUUAUACUAUACACAUUUAUGACCAGAGCACUGCAACCCAGCUAAUUACUACAAUAUUUGUAUUAUUACUGCACA